CGCUAGGAGGGCGGGGGCACGCGGGGGGGGGCUGCCCCGGGGCGGCCCCCCCACGUCGGGGCGCGGCGGGCGGCGGCGGCGGGAGCGCGUCCCGUCCGGGGCCCGAGGAGCAGCCGCCGCCGCCGCUCGCCAACAUGGCGGACCUGGAGGCCGUGCUGGCCGAUGUCAGCUACCUGAUGGCGAUGGAGAAGAGCAAGGCCACGCCGGCCGCCCGCGCCAGCAAGAAGAUCGUCCUGCCCGAGCCCAGUAUCCGGAGUGUGAUGCAGAAGUAUCUUGAGGAGAGAAAUGAAAUAACCUUCGACAAGAUUUUUAAUCAGAAAAUUGGUUUCUUGCUAUUUAAAGAUUUUUGUUUGAAUGAAAUUAAUGAAGCUGUACCUCAGGUGAAGUUUUAUGAAGAGAUAAAAGACUACGAGAAGCUUGAGAAUGAGGAAGAUCGCCUUUGUAGGAGUCGGCAAAUCUAUGAUACCUACAUCAUGAAGGAGCUGCUGUCUUGUUCACAUCCAUUCUCAAAGCAAGCUGUAGAUCAUGUACAAAGACACCUUUCCAAGAAACAAGUGACACCAACUCUUUUUCAGCCAUACAUAGAAGAAAUUUGUGAAAGUCUUCGUGGCAACAUUUUUCAAAAAUUUAUGGAAAGUGACAAGUUCACUAGAUUUUGUCAGUGGAAAAACGUAGAACUAAAUAUCCAUUUGACCAUGAAUGAUUUCAGUGUACAUAGAAUCAUUGGACGAGGAGGAUUUGGUGAAGUAUAUGGUUGCAGGAAAGCAGACACUGGAAAAAUGUAUGCAAUGAAAUGCUUAGAUAAGAAGAGGAUCAAGAUGAAACAAGGGGAAACAUUAGCCUUAAAUGAAAGGAUUAUGUUGUCUCUUGUGAGUACGGGAGACUGCCCUUUCAUUGUCUGUAUGACCUAUGCCUUCCAUACUCCAGAUAAACUCUGCUUCAUCCUGGAUCUGAUGAACGGGGGCGACCUGCACUACCACCUUUCUCAGCACGGCGUGUUUUCCGAGAAGGAGAUGCGGUUUUACGCCACCGAGAUCAUCCUGGGGCUGGAGCACAUGCACAGUCGCUUUGUCGUUUACAGAGACCUGAAGCCUGCAAAUAUCCUCCUGGAUGAACACGGACAUGUUAGGAUAUCAGACCUUGGUCUUGCGUGUGAUUUUUCCAAAAAGAAGCCGCAUGCAAGUGUUGGCACCCAUGGGUACAUGGCUCCCGAGGUGCUGCAGAAGGGGACCGCAUACGACAGCAGCGCCGACUGGUUCUCCCUCGGUUGCAUGCUAUUCAAACUCCUGAGAGGUCACAGUCCGUUCAGACAACAUAAAACCAAAGAUAAGCAUGAGAUAGACCGAAUGACACUCACCGCGAAUGUGGAACUUCCAGAUUCCUUCUCUGCUGAACUGAAGUCCCUCCUGGAGGGCCUGCUGCAGCGAGACGUUAGUAAGCGGCUCGGCUGUCACGGAGGCCGUGCACAGGAAGUCAAGGAACACAGCUUUUUCAAUGGCAUCGACUGGCAACAUGUCUCCUUACAAAAGUACCCCCCACCCUUGAUUCCUCCCCGGGGAGAGGUCAAUGCUGCUGACGCCUUUGACAUCGGCUCAUUUGAUGAGGAGGAUACCAAAGGCAUCAAGCUUCUUGAUUGCGACCAAGACCUCUACAAGAACUUCCCUCUGGUAAUCUCCGAACGCUGGCAGCAAGAAGUAGCGGAAACAGUUUAUGAAGCCGUAAAUGCAGACACGGAUAAAAUCGAGGCCAGAAAGAGAGCUAAAAAUAAGCAACUUGGCCACGAAGAAGAUUAUGCUCUGGGAAGAGACUGUAUUAUGCACGGGUACAUGCAGAAACUGGGAAACCCUUUUCUGACUCAGUGGCAGCGUCGAUAUUUUUACCUCUUUCCAAACAGACUUGAAUGGAGAGGCGAGGGGGAGUCACGGCAAAAUUUACUGACAAUGGAACAGAUUCUGUCAGUGGAAGAAACUCAGAUUAAAGACAAAAAGUGCAUUUUGUUGAGGAUAAAAGGAGGAAAGCAGUUUGUCUUGCAAUGUGAGAGUGACCCAGAGUUCGCGCAGUGGAAGAAGGAGCUGACGGAGACGUUCACGGAGGCCCAGCGAGUGCUGCGACGCGCCCCCAAGUUCCUCAACAGGCCUCGGUCCAGCGUUGUCGAGCUCUCGAAGCCACCCCUCUGUCACAGGAACAGCAACGGCCUCUGACCCCGAGGUGGGGGUCCCGGGGAAGACGGCGCCCCCGGGGAGUCCUCACGGCGAUUUCCAGCUCCGGAAACGGAGCCUUUGGAGAAGUGCAAGGACUAGAGGUUCCGUCCGCGUUUCUCGGGGGUUCUUCCCCGGCUGGGAAGACCCGGGACGCCGAGAUGCUCCUGAUAGGAGUUGUGGCCAUCGGCUGAGUGCCCCCUGCCACCAUCACAUUUCUCUGCUCUCGAAACUACUGAAGACAACGUUUUUUCUUUGCUAUGCACUUAUUUUGGUAUAUAUGAAAUCAGAACUUGAAAUGAUUCCUACUAAUGACUUCAAUUUUUAUGUCUGAUAUCCAACAUACCGUAGUCUUGCCAAGAUGGGAUUUUUACCGUCUGCAGAGGCAGGUGAUAGAUUGCCCCAGCGUUGCCACAUUCUAUCUACUGCUGAUUUUGUGUCUGUCCCAUCCAGCCGGGGGACUGGGUGGGAGGGCAGCCGUGUGUUCCUCUGCACACUUCAGAACCGGCUUCUUUCUCUGGAUUGAAAGGAGUUGUUCCCCGAGAAGGGCGCACGUGGGCCCUCCCCGGGUGCGCCUGGCCAGGGAGCUCUGGCCAGCUGGGGGCAGAGGGAGCGGGCCCUCCGGGGCCAGGCCGUGCGCAGCAGCACCUCGGUGGGAGGGUUGGCAGUGAUCCGAAGGCCAGGCGGCGGCGUGUGAGCGUCCAGGGUACCAGCGAUCGUCAGCCAUCCUCCAGGAAACCGACAGCACCGCCCGCGGCCUCUCCUGGGUGCGGACAGUUUACAGAGCUGUGGGGCAGUCGUUCUGGUACCUUCUGCCUGCCCUUGGUAAACUUACCAGUCAUGAACGUGUAGAGGAAGGAGGGGAUUGCUCUGUUUUACGUUUCAGUAUGAUUUUAAAUGAAUUUUAUUGCGAAAAAGAAUGCUGAAGAAUGAAGGUGUCCAAGUGGGUUAACUGAAUAUUGACUUGUACUGUCGUUCAUCUGUCGUUAGUGAAUAACACCUAGUGCUGGGCGGGGCGCCGUGUGCGGGUGACAACAUCCGAGCUAAAGGCUGUUCCCUCUGCCCGGGGCCUCCCCUCCCGCUGGGGUUUUGGUCUGUUUCCACCUCCCCACGUGUUCCAGGCCCCAAAUAAAUAAAUGCUGGGUUAUAAGAACCAGCGUGUCGCUGAA